AUGAAAGAGGAAGUCAUCCUCUACAGCGAUGCAAGGCCAGUUAUAAGUCUGAGCACUCCCACCAACGUCACCGUGGACUUGACUCUCUAUGGGAUCUUAGGAGUGAAUGAAAAAUCACAGGUGUUGGAAACAUAUCUGUGGGUGAGGAUGAGGUGGCAGAUUGAAGGUUUGAGCUGGGAUGCUGCUGAGUGUGGAACGAAAAAGAUCUCACUACCAAGAGAGAAGAUAUGGAUUCCAGACAUUGUCAUUAAUGAAUUCAUGGAUGAAAACCGAGCACCAGAAACAUAUUACGUCUAUGUGACCAACACUGGUCUGGUGCUUGACGGACGGCCGUUUCACGUGAUCAGCUCCUGCAGACUGGACAUCUACACCUUUCCAUUUGAUUUUCAAAACUGUACAUACACGUUCAACUCUUAUAAACACUCUCGUGAUGAUGUUCAGUUGUUCUUCUUUCUGCCAGUGGAGCAGAUAUUCAAAAACUCUCUUGAAGCGAUGACAACUAAAGGAGAGUGGGAGCUGAUAGACAUGAGGGCAGAAAAACCUUUACUAAACUAUCUGGAAGGAGGAUGGGAUAACCUCAUUGUUUAUAUUGUCCUGAGACGUCGAGCUACGCUGUAUGUGGUGAACCUCCUGAUUCCCAGCAGCUUCCUGCUUUCUGUGGAUCUCUUCAGCUUCCUACUGCCUCCUCAUAGUGUGGACCGUGCUUCCUUCAAAAUGACCCUCAUCUUGGGUUACACCGUCUUCUUGCUGCUAAUGAACGACCUGCUGCCCGUCACAGGAAACAACUUACCACUCAUAAAUGUGUUUUUCUCACUCUGUUUGGCCUUGAUGGUAGCAAGUCUCCUUGAGACCAUCAUCAUCACCAAUAUCAUGUAUGGUUCCCGUGACUUACCUCCCUUACCCAAGUGGCUCAGGAUUCUGGUCCUGAAAUAUCUUGCUCGACUUGCUUGUAUGAAGAAAUCUUGUGAUAAACACCUUGAAGGUAAGACUCUUUUUGGAAGCCAAUAUAUUUUUGUCUUCCAGUACGCUUACACAUUAUUGUUGUGCACCUGACGUCAGAAUUCAUAUAAUUGGUGUAAAAGAUGUUUUUCAAUGAUGGUCUUGUUUCUUGCCACAGCGAA